GCCGUGAGGGAGCGCGAGGCGGUGCCGGUGCCGCUCCCGCUCCGGGCCCGCCCCGCCGCCCAUUGUCCCCGCGCCGCCCCCCGCCCCGGUACCGGCGCUGACUCACGGCCGGCGCUGCCCGGGGCCGCAGGUGUCACGGAGAGCCCGGCGGCCGCCGCCGCCUCAGCGCCAGGACCCCAUGGGUACGGAGGGCGCCCGCGCGCUGCUGGAGCGCGCCGGCAGGCUCACCCUGCAGACCGGCAACCUACUCAACUGGGGCUGCCUGCGCAAGAAGUGCCCCGCCACCCCCGGCGAGGAGGUGCGGGACUGCAUCCAGAAAACACUGACUGAAUGGAGCUCAAAGAUUGGACAAGACAUAAAUCAGGAAACACUGGAGGUUCUGGAAUGUACUGUAGCUCAAGCUAUAGAAAAAAUAAAUCCUGAAGAAAGGGAUGAGUUGAAAGUAUCAGCAAAGCUUUUCAUCGUUGGAUCAAAUUCUCCAUCGAUCAGAGAUGCAGUUGACCUGGCGUGUUCUGCCCUCGGAGUUGCUCAGUUAGACUCGGUCAUUAUUGCCCCACCUCCCAUUGAAGAUGGAACUAACCUCUCCUUGGCAUAUUUGCAACCUUAUUGGCAAGAACUUGAAAAUCUAGUUCAAAACAAAAAGAUUGUUGCCAUAGGUACCUCUGACCUGGAUAAAACACUGUUAGAGCAGCUGUAUCUGUGGGCACAGGUGAAACCAAGUAGCAAUCAGGUGAACCUAGCUUCCUGUUGUGUGAUGCCACCUGAUCUCACAGCAUUUGCAAAACAACGUGACAUACAGCUGUUAACUCACAAUGACCCGAAAGAAUUACUUUGUGAAGCAAGUUUCCAAGAAGUUCUUCAGGACAGCAUCCAGAACGUGAAAGCAAGCGAGUGGAUUCCUUUAUGGCUUCUGCGGUAUUCAGUCAUUGUAAAAAGCAGAGGAAUUAUCAAGUCCAAAGGCUAUAUCAUGCAAGCUAAAAGAAAUGCAUCUUAAAACCUUUUUUUUUUUUUAAUGGCUGUUUAAAUUUCUUUGGGAUGGGGGAACAUUGCAUUUUUCAUAGAAACACUUUUACAGCAUUUAUAACAAAAUACCAAAAGUUGUAAUUAUUCUGUGUGAUGUCAGCAAGAGUGUCUGUAGUGUUCUAACACUAUUUUUCUUUCUUAACCUAUUGACCAGUUCAUUUAAAUUAUGAAAUUUAUUUUUAUUUGAAGCUAUCUAUAGAGUAACAGUUUAAAAUAUUUUUCUUUUUAUGACCAGUUCACUGUAAAAAUUAUCAUUAUAUUUUAGCUGCCAUUAGGUAGUAUAGAGAAACAUAUAUUUUUGGUUUUUUAAAAAACAAAUUUCUCUUAAAUAAUACUUAUCUGGUAGGUGCAUAGAUUUCAAGCAUUCAAGGACUAGUUUUUAUAGAAAAUUGUCAUCUUUUAUGAAAAACUACCCAAAAAAAUUAAGCUGGUAUCUCAUUGCUUGGUAUGUAUAUAUAUGCAAGUCAGCUGUUUAAUUUAUGGGGAUGGGAAAAUUGGUUUAUUUUUAAUAGAGUGUAAAAGAUCUCUAUGAUUUAGAAAAAAAUUGCAUCUUCCAAAUUACUUUCUGACUGUUACUUGAAUUCCUUCUGGCUUCUUUGUGCCUCAAUACGCUUUGUUUGACGUUCGCACAAGUGUGAUGGCAUUUUUGCUGUUUGAAAUAGAAAAUGUAUUAUUUGUGAAUGUUUAAAAUAAGAUUUGAAAACAAGUGAUGAAGAAAUCCAUUAAUCAAAAACUGAAUUGUGCCUGUCUCCUUCUCAACUGUGGCUUGUUUUUUUGAUACUUGUGACCUACACAAUCAAUUGGCCAAGUAGAAUAGACAGUAAAUGUUGGUGCUGUUCAUUAUAGCAUUGUGUAAAAUUAAUUACUUCUUUUGCAGUUGCCUAGGAAACUUUGAUGCUUGAGUGCCAUUCAGAAAUGACAAAACAAGGGUUAGCUUGAGGUUAGGUAUCUUUCUGAUUGGCAGGAGCUUAGCACACUGGCUUUCGAAUCCCAGAGAGAUUGCUGCAGCUAAGGCAAGGCUUCUGGUUUAACGUAGUCUUUCUAUCAAAAAGGCCUUUUCCUUCCCUUGGCCAUUAAAUCACAAUAGAUAGCAAAAGCUCAACUUGUAGUUCAGCAGGAACUUUGACACGGUGUCUAAGACAAUAAAUUUCGUUUUGAUUUCAGGCAGGGGCAUUGACCUCAUACUGGUAGUACUCAUUAACUUAGUUGUACAUAUUUUGAGAUUUGGACUGUAAGGGAAUCAAUUUUCAUCAACAUCUUUUAAAUUCUGUCAUAUAGGCAGCUAGUGGAAUUUGAAUGCCUGUAGGCAGAGUGUCAGCUUCAUAUAGUCCAUUCCACGAAGUUAAAAGAUAAAGGUUUUUCAAGAUACCUUUUGAGUCCUCAAAUAUCUUAUUUGUAGGUGGCAAAUAGUGGGAAAUUUUCUUUGCUCUUCAGUUCUUUUGAUAAAUGAGAGAGAUGGGGAACUGGAACUAGUAAUGCAUCAAUAAAAGUUUGAAUUUUUUUCUCCUAAUCAAAAUGUAGUGUGGUUUUUUUAACAUUGGACAAGUGUGUGUCAGAGUUCAAAAUUACAUGAGUUUAAUUUUAAACUUCCCUACCAGCUAUGAGUUGUGUGCUGCUGAUGAUUAACCACUAUCUGUAAGUUCUGUCUUUAUUUGGCUUAUACAUUCUGUAUCAUAUUAACUUGUGUGUGUGCUCAGUUUUAUAAAUUGAAACAAAACAAGAAUUAUUCAAAAACAAUGGAAAGGCUGUUCUACUGGGAUCAUGAUUUAUUUCCUUUCUGUAAACUGUUAACAAUUUGCUUGCUGUAGAAAAGUACCUUCUAAGACAUGAUAUUUCUAGAGUCAACCUGAUAAAGUGUUACGCUAUUGGUUUCA